AUGGCGGAGAACAACAAAAGAAGCCCUGCCAACUUUGAGGCACCGGACUUUGAACCUCGGAAACGAGGGAAAUACACCCAAGUUGCAUGUAAUGAAUGCAAACGCCGAAAACUAAAAUGCAGCGGAGAAGAUGUGUGCAAGCGAUGCGCUUCGAAUCGCGUUUCUUGUGUAUAUGCUGUGGCCCGGCCAACUGCAAGCGAAGAAAGUUAUCCUGAAAGUCAUCCUAGAAAUCAUUCUCUAUCGAGGCUGGAAGCAUUGGAAAGCCGCAUGUCAGCUAUGCAAAGGCAGCUGGAUCUUAUGUCCAAUGAACUAAGGAUAUUACGGCGAAGAUCGCAGCCACCUCAGCGACAAGUUCAAAGGACAACUACGGCAAACAAGCCUACUGAUUCCCGCUGGGCAAGUCGCGCUCCAAUUUCUCCUAGCUAUGUUGGGCCGACAAGCAGUGAAUUCGGUCUAAAUGUCCCCAAUGAUGACGUACCGGAUAUGGACGAAACAGAAAACUCGGAAAUUGCACAACCAUCUUCACCGACUAGUCCAUAUGCACCAACAGUACCGCCGGAGGAUCAAAGAAGAAGAACUAACAUUUCACGAAACAAUCCCCUGCUAUCGCUCGAUGCUGCCGACGCUCUCAGGCUUGUCGAUGUUUACGAGGAGGCUAUUGGUUUGAUGUAUCCUGUUGUGGAUCUCAAAAGUAUAAGAGAGUACAUUGUCGACUACUAUAGUCAACACUCGCAUGAUGCCGCUGGCCACAUGUCCCCGCCUCAAAGCGGGAAUGAGGACUGGUGGUUUUCGGCGCGCGAUACUGAAGUCUUGAAACUUGUACUUGCUCUGGCUUUGAUAUCGGAGUCCCCUGGCCAAAGCGAACUAGGAAAUAUACUGGCCUCGAGCGCUGAAAAUACGUUUGCCACAACACGAACGCAGGUGCCUGAGGUCGAUAUGAAAGAACUGAUCCUCUUGACAUUGGUGUCUUUGUAUCAUUCUUGUCGAGAUGAUGAUAUCUUGGCAUGGCGUACUAUUGGUUUGGCGUCACGAGGUGCCAUGCAGAUGGGCCUACAUAGAUGCGAUACGUGGCUACGAACUGGAGGCAUUUUCCCCGGUGAUCUGGAGCGCUCUUGGGCGAUAAACCUUUUCUGGUGCAUAUAUGUUUUUGACAAGGAAUUCUCGUUCGAGACAGGCUUGCCAUUUAGCAUGCGGGACUCCGACAUGGAUUCGAAUCUACCUCGACCGGCUGAACAUCACAUAUACCUAGAGUGUAUGAUAUCGUAUUGCCGAGUUGGAGGCAACAUAUGGGAUUUAAUGGUCGGUUGGGGCAGCACAACUAAAGCUGUGGCAUCUGAUAAUGAAUCCUUUUUGAACUUUCAGAUACAUCAGUGGCAGGAAUCCAUACCUCCCGAUUUUCGUUUGGAAGAUCUGCAGGGUGACUAUACACCUACGAUGAGAGAUGCGCGUCUGGCAUCACCGCGGAUCCUCCUACAUCUACGUGCAAAUCAUAUGAGAAUACUUAUAUACAAACAGAACCUUUUAAGCGUUCAGUCAAUCAGAAACAAUUUUGCAGGCGCCAACAUCGCUGUAGCAAAUGCCAAAAACACGAUACAAGCACUGAGCAAUCCAAGCUAUGUCUCGGCGAUCUAUUCUCAACGCCCGCAGCCAUUCGAUCGGUUCUUGUUCUCGGCGCUAGCAACACUUUUCCUAGCCAUGUUUCAUUACCCGGAUUACUUUGUGAACAUCUGCCGUGACAGUUUCGCUGAAGCCCUGAAUGCAUUGAAACGUUCAUCUACUCGUGGGAGACACUCUCGACGACUUCGCAAGGUCAUGAAAAACCUCAAACGGCUCGGCACCAACCGACCUUCUACUCGAUCCAACAUCCUUCCAACGGCAGAUGAUGUCAGUCAAGCAGCCGCAGUCAAACCUAGAACGGCAUCAAAUGCACAAUCUGCUGAUAUAGACCAUUCCGUCUAUUCGUUCCCUCCAUCACUAGUCAAUGAAACUACGCCAGAUGCAUAUAGCGAUCUUACCAACUUCUUUGAAUUUGCCGGUGACUUUUUCAUGGACCCUCAACCCGGCUUUCGUGGUGAGGUUGAUCAAACAAAUGCCAUGCUGAACGAACAAUUACAUAACUCGCUUGAUAUGUUCCAGGCCGAAGAUGAGGCUUUGACUCGGCUGAUGAUGGGACUGUUAUGA